GAAUGUAGUGAAAUGGUGAUUCCCCUUGGCCGUGGCAGCAACGAUACUAUGUUUUUCGCAAAACCUUUCAUUCUUAGCAGCUUCAUUGAGGAUUGCAAAAGUAUGUACGGAGUCCCACCAAGGCCUCAUUGGGUCACUACCUACUAUGGAGGCCAUGAUAUAAACAUGGUUCUCAAGAGGUUUGCUAGCAACAUCAUCUUCUCCAAUGGUUUGAGAGAUCCUUACAGCAGUGGAGGGGUAUUGAAAGACAUAUCAGAUAGUGUUGUUGCUGUUCAUACGGUUAAUGGAUCCCAUUGCUUGGACAUUCUUUGGAAAAGCCGAAGUGAUCCAAAAUGGUUGACAAAUCAACGGAAAGAAGAGGUCAAGAUCAUCAAAGGGUGGAUCAAGAAGUAUUAUGACGAUCUUCUAUCAUCUUCCAAAAAUUAGAUCAAUAUUGAUUUUCUUCCAGAUCUAAAAAAAAAUAUAAAUAAAUAAAUAAAUAAAAACUUAAGAGAUCACUUCAAAUUUAUCAAUAAUAGAAGGAUAUAAUUCGAUUGAAGAUUGUACCCACAAUUAUGCCUCCAAAAUUGGACUCAAAAUCAUUGUAGUGUUUAAAAAUGCUCUCUUUCAUAUAUAUGUUCUUCUUGUCUAGUUUUAUUUUUUA